AUGGACGAUAAAAAGAGUUCUUAUCGUGAACAAACAGCUUAUGAAAUAAUUAAUGAAACAAAUACAGAAAAAGAAUACACAAAGCGUGAACGACUUUAUCGCACAUGGCAAUUACCAGUCGAAGAAAUACCAAGAACUUUUCCGUUGGAUCAUAAUCAUACUCAUUUUCUUAUGUUUAAUGUUGAUCCCCAUUCGGUCAAUCCUCAAGAUGACAUCAAUAGGCUCGUAAGACUACGAACAGAAUUUGAAGAAAAUUUACAAAUAAAUACAAAAUACGGACAACCUUAUGUCAUUCCAAUCGUUCAAAUUCUCAUCGGUGGCAAUAUUUCAUCGAUUACAAGUGUCUGCACAGCAAUUGGACGAAAAAUACCAGUCAUUGCUAUUACUGGUACUAGUGGUGUAGCAGAUUUAAUUAUUCACGAAUAUCGAUAUUUAUAUGGUGAAAAUCAAAUUCGAUCGGAAGAUGAAUACGAGAAUGCCAGACAACAACCUCAAUUUAAUGAUUAUCACUUAAAAGAAACUUUUGGCCCAAAUCAAGAAACAUUAAACGGAAUUACAAGACAAUUCACGGAAAUGAUGAAAUCAAGAGAAGGUUAUUUUUUAUUGAAUUCAUUUGCAUUGUCUGAAAAUGAACCAGAGUCGCAACUUGAUGAUGUCAUAUUGAAUGCACAUCAUCAUGCUGUUCAAAUAGCCGAAAAUCCAUGGGAAAAGAGAGCAAGCAAUCUCAUAUUGGCUAUCGCAUGUAAAAAAUAUGAACGAGUAAAACAAUAUAUAUACGAACAUCGAAGUACUAUGAAUUGGCCAUUCUUAGAAUUAGAUAAGCCAUUAAUGUUUACAAUGCACCAAAAUGAUGUACGUUUCAUUGAAUUAUUCAUUGAAGAUAGUAGAUCAUUCGAACGAUUGCGUCGAAUAAUUACUGCUGAUGGUUUAUAUAAAAAUUUGAAUACAAUCGUAGCAUCACUUUUAGCUAGUAAAAUUUAUCAAAUUGCUGCCGAAUCUGAAAAAAAUUUUGAAAAAAAACUUGUUUAUCAAAAUCGAGAAAAAAUAUUCGAUAAACAUGCAACAAUAAUAAUGAAUCGAUGUUUUAAUAUACAUGAAGAUUUAGCCGUUCAAAUAUUGACAUCACAUUCUGAAGUCUAUUUUGAUUAUAGUCCAUUAGAAUUGGCCGAAGAAAUUGGUAGCCAGUCGUUUUUAGGAACAAAAUGUGUACAAAAAUAUCUUGACAGACAAUGGAGCGGUGCUAUCAUACGUGAUACAAAUUCAUCAAUAUGUAUUCGUGCUCUACAGACAUGUCUAAUAAAUCCCAUAUGUUUACCUGGUCCUGGUUUUGAAUUUUUUAGAUCACCAUGCGUGCGAUUUCGAUUAAAUAUUGUAAGUAUGUAG